AGUGUCUGCACCUCUCCGGGAGUGCCCGUCACGACACCAUGUGGUGCGCUCUCCUCCCGCUCGUGCUGGCAGGGGCGGCGGCGGUGGACGUGUUCGAAUGCCCGUUGGAAGAGAGCACCGGCAAGUUCAUCGACCCGGACGAGUGUGAUACGUACUGGGACUGCUUCCGCGGCGAGGCCGUUAAGAAAGAAUGCAAGGACGGCUGGGCGUUCGACCCGAACCGUGUUCAGCUGGCUGAGCCGUGCGACUACAUCUUCAACGUCGACUGCUACGGACGCGAGUCCCUUGGUGAGCCACUGGGCACAGGCGUCUGCGAGCGCCAGAACGGCAUCUACGCGCACGAGGACCCGGAGGUGUGCGACAAGUACUACUCGUGCUCCGACGACACGCCGACGCAGCUCAUCUGCUCACCGGGCCUACAUUACAACAUCUCUUCCAGGACGUGCGACUGGCCACAGUCGGCGAAUCGCGGCUCGUGCGGGCAGCGCACCUCGCUCGACGGCUUCACGUGCGACCCGAGCAUAGAUUACUUCACGCCCAGUAACCAGAAGAUCGCGCACCCCACUUUCGCACACCCGGAGGACUGCACCAAGUUCUACGUGUGCAAGAACGGCAUCGAGCCGGCCCUGUCUGGUUGCGAUGAAGGGCUGGUGUACAGCGAGGAAAUCAGCGCCUGCGACGACCCCGUCAACGUUCCUGAAUGCGCCGACUGGUUUGACACUGCUCCGGAGACGCGCCGCCGGAAGUAGAGCGGCGAUCUCUGCCAUCUGCCCCAGACAGCCCAGUAGGCGGCCUCGCCCUAGCAGCGCCACCUUGGCAGUCUCUCGCAGUGUCGCGCCGUCACCAGAGGCCGACGGACGAAGGUCCCGGAGACAGCGGCCCGAGACGUCAUUUUCGAGGUGUCUUAUGGCGAGGGACGCCAGCUGGGACACGCAAAUGCACACAUGUUGCAUAUGUGGUCCUUCUGAUAUGACUCGUGCUGUUGAAAUGGUUGGUUUGUUACGAGAAUACAAGACGGAAUGUU